UUCAAAAUUCACAUAAACACAUCCAUUUUCGAUUUCCGGUAAAAGACAGAACUUUCAAAAUAACCAAUCUUCCAAUUUCCAGAUGCAGGAGCCAAAGAUUCUCUUACUCUCAGAGCUCCUUCAAAGCUCCCGUCCUCUUACCGGCGCUUUCUCUCUAAACCCUUCUUAUUCUUCUCCGGAACAUCUCAUUUCUGAUUCCAUUCCUCACUCCAAAUCAAGAAAAUCUCCAAAACAAUCAGGGAAUGAUGAAAAUGGUUUCAAUAGAAGUUCUUAUUUAGAGUCCCUGGAGUACCCAAGUAUAAUAAUUGGAACCCUUAAUCUUCCAACUGCCAAUAAUAACUGUAAGUAUAAUAAAAAGUCUUGCUUUUCAUUUUCUGAUGGUUCUUCUUCUAGGGUUUGUUGUGACUUUCUUGGCAUAGACAUUAUUAAGACAAUUGGUAAACAAAUUCAUGUUUUAGCUUGGAAUUUCAUUCCAUUUCAUUGUAAAAAGGGGGGAUUUUUAGAGAUUAUUAGAUGGAGGAGUUGUAGCCCUCAUGAUGGUUGUGUAACUGACCAAUGUAGUAGUACCUCUUUGGAUUCUGCUUUCAUGUUGGCUUCCAGUUCUUACUGUCAACAAGAGAAUUUCAAAACACGAUCUUUUGUUCACGGUAUAAUUGCUUCGGUUAGUCCAGUGUUCUGUGUUCCAUGUACUGUCUCUGAUAAAAGUUCAACGGAGAGCGGGUUCCUUGCAGAAUUAAUGGUAUGCAAAUGUCAGUUGUGCACUUCUAAGAUAUCAGUGCAAGAUCUGCUUCACAGACGGAGUAGUAGUCAUUCUUUCAUGGUUCCUGUUACUGUAUACUUCUUGGGUUCUGCUGCUUCUUGCCAUCCCAUUGUUACAAAGCUGCUCGGAAAUGUUGUGUGCUUCACUGGGUUGAAGAAAAAGAUGGUUUUUAUUGGGAAACAAGAUUCAUGUUGUAUGCUUAUAACAACAGACAAAGCUGCAUUGAGAUACAGGAUUGGGUUUUCGGAUGAAGCGACCAUGAUAAAGAGAAGUGGAGAUUCUGGGGCAUAUAGUGGUACUGUCACGGGGGUAUACAUGGAAGGCAUGGUUGUAGAAUUGGAUGAAAAAGUGUGGAUUUUAGUUACUGAUCGUCUUCUUGCGCCACCCCAUUCUUUGAGAAUUGGGGCUAUGGUUUCUGUUAUAAAUGUCCAUUUUGUAUGCCCAAGAUUUUCUUGGACAAGAAUGCUUUUGCUAGGGACAUGCUACAAGACAAGCAUUAAAGUGAAGUCCUUUUCACUGAUGGAGACUCCGUGCCAUACCCAGUCUCAGAUGCAGAGUUUGUUGGACAAGUUCACUGAGUCGUUAGUAUUUUCGGCUAGAUUUUGGUUACUGCUGAGGAUAUCAAGUUUCAGGAAAAACAUCUCUACUUUUGUCUCCGAGAAGGAGAUCUUAGGAUCCAAAAAUAAAAUUGGGAUGGUUCAGAUGUAUGCAACAUCAAUCUUACCGUUGUAUGCUUUUAAACCUCGGUCUGGCGUAUUCACAGAAUUCUGCAAGCAUAAUCUUUGUGGCUGUGUUAAUGAGCAAUACUGCAGUUCCUUGAAAUUGGCUGUACCUAUCACGAAUUUUGUCGGCCACUGCGAGCGUCUGUGGGUGAAUAUGCUGUUAGACAUCCAAAAUGGCUCUGAAGUAGUUGAAAAGAAAAUUUGUUUAAGCCUUUUUUCCUGUGAAGGGAAAUCUUAUUGCCGAAUGCUCAGGAGGAUUAUGUCAAGUGAAGGUACUGGUAUUGUGUUGAUUGGUUCUUUGCAGAUCUCUCCUUUUUCUGGGCGAUUGCAGUUGAUUGAUGCAACUGGCAGCAUUGAUGUUGUCAUUCCAGAUUUUCCAUCAAAUUGUGAUGUCAGAAGUAUAUAUGAGGUUAGGACCUACAGCAUUGUUCUAGAGGGAUUACCUGCAGAAGUAGGUGAUUUAGGCUUUAGUAAAAGUAAGCCGUUCUCGUGGAGGGAUAUCUUUCACCAUGUUCAAGUGGAAAGAGAGAUAAAACCAGCAGCCUUUUAUCUUCACUUUAGUAUGACGGAUACAACUUGCCUAAAUGAAACCUUGAAUCAUCCUUCCAAAACAGGUGGCUUUGAUAAUCAUAUGGAAAUCCAAAAUGGAUUUUUCCAUCUGGUUCUGGUAACACACAAGUUUCCCGCCGUCAGAGAUUUCCUAGGCGAGCCAAUUAUUUCCAAAAAGUCAAGCUUGUUUGCAGAGGCGAUAGUCUUGCCUUGGAAUUUGCUUCUUGAAGAAGAUCAGGUGACUGAUUCUCACGUAGAUGCCCCAGAGGAACGCAGCAGAAGAGAUUACUCAGGAAACUUGCCAAAUAAGAGGCCUAAACAUGACCACAUAUCAAGCCUAGCUUCAACUUCUACCUCCAAUGAGAACAUAAGAAUUUUGAGCAGCAAGUCUUUUGGUUGUCCAAUCGGUGGGAAAUUUUCUCAUAGGGGAUUUAGUGACACCAUAGACACAAAAACUUUGGUUCAGUUAAUGAAAUACAAUUUGAGGUCCUACAAAUCAAAUCGUCAGAACGUUCUGCUGGAAUUUAAGUCUGAAACUCUUAGAAUGUAUGAGUUGCUACAAGUUGGUGUGUGUUAUUUGAUAAGAUCGCCAGUGCAAGACCCAGGGAAUUGUACUGAAGUCAUUCUGCAUAUGUCUGCUGAUGCAUUUGGCCGCUUGAAGGUGGAUAUUGAAGGAUCGAAGGACAAAUCAAUCAUGUCUAUUGCUUUAUUUGUAGACACUGCCAAUAUCUCUUUCUGCCUUAAGACGAUGGCUUCUGAGUUGCAGUGUUUCAGGCAAACUGUAUUAGAUGGCAGGUUGCCGCAAGGUGCUUUAAUAUCUGUUCACGGAUAUGUAGUAGAUGUUCAUAGUUUAGAAUCUGAUGAUGUCCAUAAUGAACAUUUAAGAUGUGGUGAUAGUGGAAAUAUUUGUCAGUUGAGGUCCUUUAGAGGGUCAUCAGGGAGCACUUGCAUUCAUAUAUCUGAUGGCUGUCAACUUGUGAAAUUACGUGGUGUUCUAAGUCAGCAUGCUUAUCCAAUUGGAAUGGGACCAGGAAUACGGGCAACAUUCCACCGUGUUCUUGUGGGACAGCAGGCAUUGAUGUUGACUCCGGUGACAUUCAUCGUGAUUAACUCAGUAAAAGAAGUCUGUGAUAAGGUUGGUCUCAGGUGUUCCGGUCCGAUGUUUGGUUUGGAUGUAUUACAGAAUGCGCUGCGAGACACGGUUACUGGCAGUUUAAUAUCAGAGUUGAUUCUAUGUCAAGAUAGUAAGCCAAAGAAGUUUCGUUGCAGGGUUGUGGCAAUCCAUUUACUGUGGCUGGAAAAGCAGAAUUGCGAGUUAAGCAAUGUACAAAUGAAGGAGAAGAGAAAAUCAUCCCCUGUCAAUAUACCACUCGCAGGUUUUAUAGUGGAUGAUGGUUCGUCAUUGUGUUGCUGCUGGGCUAGUGCUGAAAGAGCUGCGGUAUUGCUGAGACUCGAUGAAGAAAUUUCAAACAAAGCUUUCAUUAGUGCCUGCAGAAUGAAGGCUGUCAGAUCCAUCAAGGCCCAAAGUACUGCUCGAUAUCAUCUACAAAAUGUUUUAAACAAGCACCAUAAAGUUACAUUGAGUUGUUCUGACAACUUUCUGGAUUCAUGUGAAAAUCUUAGAUUGACUGUGAACUCAGUGUAUAGGCUGAGUUGUUCAGAUGAAAACCUCCUUAAGCGCAUCAUACUCGAUGCGAAAUGUGGCCCUGUUGUAAAUAUUGUGGGUAGUAAGAUGGAUUCAAAUGCGGUCGCUCAUUUAAAGGAGUUAACAGGAAUUAGAAUGCCAAAACAUGUAAUGAAGAACAUAUGGGUUCUUGGAGUUCAGAAUGUUGAUCCUCGAACCGAAGCGAAUACUGUGUUUCGAGAAUUAUUAUAGUCAUUC